AUGGCCAGUCCUGCCCCGGGACACCGCCAGGCCCUGCCUUCUCCCCCACCAGCUUACCUCCGAUCAUCGCCGCCAUUCACCCCAUCGCAAUCACCACGGACCAUCCCGAACCGACCUCAUAGCUUGAUCCUCAACCGCAAACCAGUUGCUCCUGCGUCGCAGUCCGAAACCUCUCUCGUUAUUCAAAACUCUCCACGCUCACCAGUCAAAAUCGCAUAUGGCGCAGACAUCCCCGAUGCCUCGAGCGCGCGCAUCGAAGGCGCAUACAGUGGGCCUACCACACCGCAAUUGGACCUCCCGGAGUUCGCAGGCAUGUCACUUGACAGCCCCGUACAGCCGCCCCAGCAGAGCUGGAAUCCUGCCGACCCUCCGCGGCGAGACUUAACACAGGCUCCGCACUACACACACUCGCAUCCGUACGGUCACACCCCAGCGAGCAGCGGCUCGUGGUCGGUGGUAGAGCCACAUAAAGAUGAGCAACACGGAAACCCGAAAAAGAGUGGCUCCUCGUUGGAGCGCGAGGGUCAGAGUUACGACUCUUCGCGGGGAAGCUUGGAUAGCGUGGCGCAGGCGUCGGAUAGCUACGAGCCUCUGACCUACCAUCACCAGCAACAACCGGCUGGGGUACCUACAAAGAAAUCCGCGCCCAAUGCUGGAGAUGACCCGUCCGCCUCCACGGAUAAGCUGGCUGUUAGGCGAUCAAGGCUUUCGCGACCUCUUUCAACAUACUCCUCAGCCUCAGAUGGUGGUCACCGCCGGAACCUCUCCGCAUCGCCGUAUUUACAUGCCCAAUCCUCGCCACGGAACUCAAGUGGAACCCCAGAGAACAGGUCAUCGUCAUUUUUCGAUUUACUCAACACAUCAUACCCACAGCCCGGCCCAACAGCGCAAUUCGACAACUCCCGUCUCCAAGCCUCAGUCGGAAACAACGCCUCUCUCCUUAGCCACAAAGAGACAUUCGAGAUGUACCUCGCGAACGUAAAGAAAACCGACGAGCCAACAGUGCUCUACGAAUUCGCCGUGUUCAUGGUAAACUCGAUGCGCGAGAUGCCAGUCGUGGACCUCGAAGACACCAGCCCGAUAACCCGCGCCCGUCUACUCCGCGAAUCAAAAUCCAUCCUGCAGCGCCUCGCAGACCGCAGCUACCCCUUUGCACAGUACUACCUUGGCGACGGGUACGCGUCAGGUCUCUUCAGCAAAGGCGCCGAGGACCACGACCGGGCUUUCCCCCUCUUCCUCGCUGCCAGCAAACACGGCCACGUCGAAGCCUGCUACCGCACAGCGCUGUGCUACGAGUUCGGCUGGGGCUGUCGCGUCGACGGCAGCCGCGCGGUGCAAUUCUACCGCCAGGCAGCAUCGAAAAAUCACCCGGGCGCUAUGAUGCGCAUGGCCAACGCCUGUAUUGCUGGCGAUAUGGGGCUGGGCAAGCGGUACCGCGAGGGUGUCAAGUGGUUGAAGCGCGCGACUGAGUCCGCAGACACGCAGUAUAACUCCGGCCCGUACGAGCUCGGUGUGAUGCACGAAAGGGGCUUCGGAGAGGAUGUCUUCCCCGAUGCUACCUAUGCCGCGCAGCUAUUCACUAAAUCCGCGGAGCUGGGUCAUGUGGAGGCUUGCUAUCGUCUUGGCGAUGCGUAUGAGCAUGGGAAAUUGAACUGUCCGCGCGACCCGGCUCUUAGUAUUCAUUUCUAUACCAGUGCUGCGCAGAACGGACAUCCGGUGGCGAUGAUGGCGCUUUGUGCGUGGUAUCUCGUUGGCGCGGAGCCUGUGCUCGAGAAGGACGAGAACGAGGCAUAUGAGUGGGCUCUCCGGGCUGCAAAUCUCGGUCUCGCGAAGGCUGAGUAUGCUGUCGGCUACUUUACUGAAAUGGGUAUUGGCUGCCGUCGUGAUCCUCUCGAGUCAAAUGUGUGGUAUGUCAAGGCGGCGGACCAGGGCGAUGAGCGAGCCAAACAUCGAAUCGCUACAAUCCGAGCUGCGGCAGAGGGUUCACAUCCAGGCGUGGCUGGGCGCAAUGGAGCAACGCGGAAUGGAGGCCGGCUCAAGAAAGCUGAGCGCAAGGAUAAGAGUCCGAGUACUGGCCAGGAACCUGAAGUCGAAAAGCCUGCCAAACAGAAACGAUUCGUCAUUUUCUAA